CGGCCUGCGGGGGUACCGCGGGCUGGCCGCGCCGCCGGCUCCCGCGGCUCGGCGUAGAGGCGAGGCGGGCGCGGAGCUGCCGUGGUUCCCCCCGCGCUGAAGGGCAGGCGGCGGCGACCCGCCAUGGAGAAGGCAGCGGCCGCGGAGCUCCGGCAGGGCGCGCUGGUGCCGCUCACCGCCAUCUGCCUGGUGAAUCUCUUCCUGACUGGGAAAAUAGAAAGUGCUGUUACCUCAUUAGCUGCUUGCAGUGGAAAACUGGAACAGCACACAGAGAGACGGGGAGUCAUCUGUAGUCCUUCUUGGCCAUUGAACUAUCCUCCAGCUGUAAACUGCAGCUGGUACAUUCAAGGAGAUCAUGGAGACAUGAUAACAAUUAGUUUUAAGAACUUCGAUUUGGAAGACUCUCAGAAGUGUGCGGUGGACUGGUUGAUGAUUGGCCCAUCUUCCAAGAGGGAGGAGUACAAAGUGUGUGGCUCUUCCAUACCUCCGUCUUUCAUCUCUGCAAGGGACCAUGUUUGGAUAUUUUUUCACUCAGAUGCGUCAAGCUCAGGACAGGCUCAGGGAUUUCGCCUCUCUUAUAUUAGAGGAAAGAUAGGUCAGGCUGUAUGCCAGUCAGAUGAAUUCCGUUGUGCAAAUGGAAAGUGUAUUCCCAGUACUUGGAAGUGUAAUUCCAUGGAUGAGUGUGGUGAUAACUCGGACGAGAGAAACUGCACUAUCCCUCCAACAGAGCCUCUGUCCAGCAUUUGUCCCUCAGGAAUGUUCCAGUGCAGUGGAGCCCACUCCACCAAGUGCUUGAUGAACGAGCUGAGAUGUAAUUCAGUUAAGGACUGCAGUGAUGGUUCGGAUGAAGAUAAUUGUCCUGAUCUUUCCUGUGGCAAAAGGCUGGGUAAUUUUUAUGGAUCUUUUGCUUCCCCAGACUUAUUCCGUGCUGAUCACAGCAGAUCAGACCUUCGUUGCACAUGGUACGUGGACACACAAGAUAAUCGACAUGUUCUGUUGCAGCUUGAUUUGCAGUUAGGCUACAAUGAUUAUGUAAAGGUGUACGAUGGCAUUGGGGAGAGAGGUGAUAAAUUAAUGCAAACGUUUUCAUACCACAACAAUAGACAUUCGGUGAGCGUGGAGUCAUCAAAGGGCCAGCUCACUGUCUCAUAUCAUGCCCGCUCCAAGAGCACUGGCCACGGGUUCAAUGCAACCUAUCAGGUGAAAGGCUAUUGCCUUCCUUGGGAGCACCCUUGUGGAAGCGAUGAGGAGUGUUUCACAGAUAAGCAGCAUUGUGAUGGCUGGUGGCACUGUCCAAAUGGCAAGGACGAGGAGAACUGUCCCGCUUGCCAGAAGAACGAAUACCCAUGUGAAGGAAACAGUGGGCUUUGUUACUCAAUACUUGACCGCUGUAAUAACCAAAAGAACUGCCCAGAUGGCUCGGAUGAAAAAAACUGCUUUACUUGCCAGCCAGGAAACUUCCAUUGUGGUACAAAUCUGUGCAUCUUUGAGACUUGGCGCUGUGACGGCCAAGAAGACUGCCAGGAUGGAAGCGAUGAACAUAACUGCCUGGUGAUCGUUCCCAGGAAGGUCAUCACAGCUGCUCUCAUCGGGAGUCUCGUGUGUGGCUUGCUGCUGGUGAUAGCACUGGGUUGUGCAUUUAAAUUAUAUUCUCUGAGGACCAGGGAAUACAGAGCAUUUGAGACCCAGAUGACGCGACUCGAGGCAGAGUUUGUACGGCGGGAAGCUCCACCUUCCUAUGGGCAGCUGAUUGCACAAGGACUUAUCCCCCCAGUUGAAGACUUCCCUGUGUACAAUGCAUCACAGGCUUCUGUGCUGCAGAACAUUCGAACGGCCAUGAGGAGGCAGAUGAGACGACACUCGUCAAGGCGGAGCUCAUCUCGGCGGCGCUUGGGCAGGCUCUGGAACAGACUCUUCCACAGACCUCGGGUGAGAGGACAGAUCCCGCUCCUGACGCCUGCCCGCACUUCACAGACUACACUCGGUGAUGGAAUCAUCAACCGUGCUGAUGGGACUACUCAGAGUCCUCCACCUUCCCCCGAAGGACCCAGUUUAGAGGCAAAUGCCCAUGGCCAAGCCAGGGGCCUACAAGAAGGUGGAUGUAGCAGCCUGCAGCCAGAGACUGAAAUCACAGAGCCAUCGCCUUCAAAUGUCUUACCGAAUACUUGCACAGCAGCACAUGCAGAGCCUGAGGCUGGACGUGCUGAUAAACCUUUAGGUGCUGAGACCUCUGGCAGUGAGCUUAAGCAGUCCAGUAAAGUGGAUUCAGGAAAGGCUUUCAGAGAUCCUUUAUCUGAAAGUGUUACAGAAAGGAUCCAUGGAGGGUCAACAUCCAGGAGGACUGUCCCAGAGGACAGUAGUUUAAGUAGAAGUCAUCCACUGAGUGAAGAGCCAUGUAGGUUACCCUUAAAAAAGUGGGAGUCUGCUUAUCCAGACAGCCCUAUGCAUGUUCAUAUCCAAGUGGAUGGACAAAACCGAUGUUGCCCUAACUCGUACCGGGAGGAGCCUUUGGGUAUUCACGCGGCUUGUUGCCAUUCUGUGGAAGUGCCAAUGUUAGAGUCCUCUACUCCCCUCUCUGAAAUCAAUACCAGUGAUGAUGAAUCUCUACUUGUUUGCUAAUAAAACUUUUUUGGUUUGGCCUUGUAAAUUUUGUAACUUCAUUGUUUAUAUGACAGUGCACUUUGAUAGGUGGUAUGUCUGUGCUCUCAACUUUGUCUCUUAAAACCAGUGUGCUUUAAUCCCCCAGGGAGUACAGUACAAGACUAAAUGGGACAAGUUUUUGUCUUCGUUGCUAUUCCUGAAACUCCAGUGGGGCAGAAGUAGGCCAGUAUGCGAUAUCAGGGGCUAGGUGAGCAAGAAUGUGCCCCUGCAGUUUGGAGGCAUCUCCAUCCUCUGGUAUUUCUUCUGUGCAUUUAUUCACUCUGCAUUCAGGGAAUUAGCGUUUCUUUGCUUUUCAAGUGGUCUUACUGAAACUAGAGAGAACUCUGUUGGAACCUGGGGCAGGCACCAGUCAUUGUAACUAUGAGUACUAAACUAGAAAUAACGUUGUCUUUUUAGACAUCAUAAUUUAAUUAAAAUUUAAUACUUUGAAUUACAAAUACUUAGAAGGAAAUAAAAUCCUUUGUACCUUCCUCUUUAUAGAAAUUGCUCAUUUCCUUUGCUCCCUUCAGAAAUGUUUUGAUGGCCAUACGUACCGUGAAGCAUCCACUAAAACCAAAGUUUCUGUGUAGAAUACCCAGAAUGAUACCAGGUGUCUUAUCUGCUACAGCUUUCUAAUAAGAGAUUAGCAGUGUUCAGUAUAAGCAGAGUGCAUUGAACCCCAGUUGCAGCAAUAUUUCUUUUUUUGUGUUGUCAUAUGUUACAUUCUCUUCAUAGUGAUGUUGCGAAGGUUGAAGAAUUGUUUGCUUUCUCCCUACCCUCUUUUUCCCCUCCUCCCUUCUGUUUUCAGGGAUUUUUAUUAUCACUUCGGGUGUGCCCUGAAGGAUACUGAGGCUUCACAGCUCCCGGUGGCUGCAGUAGGAAGCACUGAGCACUUGGUAACUGUCAGGAUCAGACUUCUAUUUUAUUUUGAAAUAAAAUCUGCUUCACAAGUUCGCUUGUAAAUCUGCUGCCUAGGUGCAGAUGUAUAAAUCAGUUUAUUUUUUAUUUUUAGAGGAUGCUAUUUUGCUUGCUUUUUUCUUUUAAGAACUGAAAUAGAUCAGUGCCAUUUUCAAAGCUGACACUGUGUGGAUUGUACAACACUUAAAUGUAAACUGGUGCCUUUUUUGGUUUUAGAGUGUAAUUAAAAGCAAGCAUGUUAUUUACCUGGAAGGGUGACAUUGCUUAACCAGGAGUGACUCGGUGUAGAAUGACAGAACAUUACUGUGUGAUGGCUUGGCCCUUUUGCGAUGGUUGGGGCGUUGGCCAGGCUCCCCCACGCUCUGACAAGAGCUCUGCUUCAAUUCCCCCGUGACGCAGUGACAAACUAGAAUGCUUUACGUAGGAAUGAAGAAGGAAGUUGAUGCUGCUGCUCUGUAAAUACCCGAGUACUCUGAAGCCUCUUUAUUGCUGUAGGAAUUCAGGUUGCCCAGAGUUACUAACUGGACUUGUAAAACUGAGGUGGACUUUGGCAUCUGUGGACCUGGGCUCUGCUGUCCACAGGACCCUUCUGGCUGUAAAGGCGAACAGGCUUUUGCAGUGAACAGUUAAGUUUACACCAAAGUGUCAAAGAUGUUUUUCCUUUAAAUGGGCUAUAUUUUGCCCUGGAUCUUUUACUAGGACUCCCUUUGGGAGUGCCUUAAAAGGAACAAGAAAUAGGACUUUGGCUUUGCAGAAAUGUAACAUGGAAGAAUUAAAUUGAAGUGAUUCCCCCCCCCCCCUUUGGUUGCAAAUUGGUUUCAUACUGCGCAUUCCAGAGGCAGAAGAUUCAAACUCCUUAAGGGCAUUAAUAGCAGGAAGGGCUUGUGGCAAAAUGAGUAACAAGUAAGAGUGAUAGUUCAUAAAAUAAAUACUGCUCACUCAUUUUUUUCCAAGUGCUUUUGUGAUCAGAAUUCACUUCAUCAAAGGAAAUGUAGUGUUGAAAGAGAACUUGCUUUCCUAGCAUUUGUAAACUUCUUAGGUACAUUCCACCUUUGCUAGGCCAUGUCCUGUAGUCAUUGCAUUGCCAGGGUUGUUUGCAUCUAAGGCUACAGGUUUUAGUGUGCUUUUGUUUUGUUUUUUUUUUGUCUAAAGAUAAUUUUAAAUACAUAGACUUGUAUGUGUAAAGUAGUUAAUUAUAAUUGGGAGGAAGAUUGUAUGUCAAGGUUAAUAUUGUGCAGAUAUGAAGGACCUUAGAAAUAAGUGUAUAUUUAAUUCUGUUACAGAAAUGUCUUUCUACAAUAAAAUAAUGUUGAUCGUACUAUGCCUUAAACUAUCACCACUGUAAGGCUCUUAAAGUUUAAAUAUGUACUUCAGAAUACUAUAUUUUGGGAACAACCCCAAACAGCUGACACUAUUUUAUUUUAAGAUGUGUCACUUCACAUAAUUUCUUACAUAUAUCAUACAUAUUUUGUCUACUGAUCCAUUUGGUAACUCAGUGGAAAUUUCAUUGAGAAGGUUUUAUUUUUAGAAACUUAAAAAAAAAUCCAGGUUAAUGAAAAUUUGAUGCUUGAAGCGUACAGAAAUGUUCACAGCCUUCACUACUGGAAUUUAUAGCCUUGCAUCAAUGAGAGAGACAAGCCUGGUGCUCUUUGUAAGCACCUAACUUUUGUAUUCUGCAAGAGAGUAUUCUCUCCCGGCUCCCCUAGCUCAUUCCUUGGAGGGAAGAGUCACAAAUUUACUGUUAGUUUUGCAGAAGAAAUCUCUAUGUCUGCACCGUGAGCACAAACAAGUGCGUUGCAGUGUCCUGGAGUGUCGAUACCUGAGGAAACCACGGUCUGCCUUAGUGUAUAUCUGCCCUUCCUCCAGCUCUUGUAAGCAUUAAGCAGCGAAUCAACCAUCCUUGAAGACACUGUUCUGUUUCAUGUAAGCUGCCUCCUUGUAUUCAGAACUUCUUAAAACAAACAAAAAAGCUAAAAACUGCUACUAUGCCAGACAUGUGAACAGGAACAUCUCAUUGUUGGAUUUCUUUGCUCAGUGGAAAAUACCACACUUUAAUGACUAUACAACCUAAAGUUAAUCAGCUAAUAAACUUGUUAAAAUUUUUGUUAUUUUAAUAAUGCUUUUCUGCACUCCUUAAAGACUUUUGUAGACAGAAGGGAAACAAAGUAUUUGAUAGCCUUUUUUUUUUUUUUUAAAGAUACAAAAUUCCCCUGUCCAAGCAGCCAAAAAAAAACCUCCCUAAAAAAAAAUCUCUGAAUAGAGAAGAAUACCUCCAUUGGUUUAAGAAGAAUGGAAGCUCAUAAGCAGCAUUAAGGGAAAAGUGACCACCUUACGUUUUCUCUUACUGCUAUUAAAACAUGGGGAAUAUUUCUGUUUGAAAUUCUGGCACCUUCCAGCUUGUGUAUGACUCUGUAACAUCCCUUAAAUGUACUUGUUUUCUUUUUCUGUUCUCUGCUUUGUUGUUUUGUUUUUUUUUUUUUAAUUUACAUGUUGUAUAUAUUCAUUUAGACACAACAUUUUACCGUAACGUAUGUACAGGUAUAUGGUUCAGGUAUGGCAUCAUGGUUGCCAGUGUCUGCUGGUUCCUGGACAAUGAUACUAAGCAAGUAAGAUGCUGGGCAUCGUUGUACUUUGCUCUUGCUUUGGAUCUCUUAAUUUUUAAUAAAAUUUCACGUGCCCAGAGA